UCCUCUUUUGUCUUUGUGCAUGGAGUGACCUUCUCCCUCUCGCUCUCUUCCACUUCCUCCUCCUCCUCCUCCUCCCUCUCUGCAGAUGUGGACGACAAGCCUGCAGGUUCAAACAUCACAGGACGUUGACAGGACAACUCGGGGGCGACACAGCCGAGGGGGUCCCGGGACGACGACUUUGCGGUGCAUUGAGGUGUACCUAAUGAAGUGUCCCACCAGUGCACAGUCGUCUCGUUAAAAGGACGAAAGUGUGCGCGCCCCACCCUCUGACAGCGAAGGGAAAAGCAGGGAACCUGUCCUGGUCGCUUCUUGUCGUCUGGGCUUGCGUGCAGACCGGUUUGUACCAGGCAGACAAAUGGAGGGCUUCUCUGUGGAUACAGAGGAGGGCGCCGAGGAUACUUCGGAACCGCGAAACUCCAGAAUAACGGCGCUGAGGUCUCGUCUGUUUGCGAGGAGCAAGCGAGCCGGCGGGGAUUCCAGCGCCAAGUUCAGCCAGUCAGCCAGCGACAUCCAUGUGGGAAAGGCGUUGGGAUCUGAUGAAGAUUUGCCAUGCCCCCAGGGAAUUAUGGGCUCUCGAGCGCUCUCCCACGACAGCAUCUUCUGGGCCAACCAGGUGCGGACAGACGACGCCGACGACGAGCCGGUCAGGGUGUUGUCCCAGGAGAACGUUCACAGCAAAAUCAAAGCUUUACAGAUGACGCUUCAGCGGCAGAAGAUGCAUCUGGGGCCGCCGCCUCUCGUGCUGCCGGUCAGGCGACAAGAGGACGAGGGAGACCGCUCCGAGGACGCCCUUCCUCCUCAUAAGAGCCCUGAGGUCUCGACGGUGGAUGUUGCGACCCGUGGAGCCCUCGGCAAGGUGCUAUCUCAGCCAAGAUCACGUCCACUCUCUCCCAUCUUCAAAGCCGCCGCCGCGCCGUGCCCGCCGUUCACCCCGUCUGUCCCCGCCGUCACUUCCCCUCGCGAGGCCCCGUUGGGCUUCGGCGCUCCGGCCAAGUUCACCCCUUCCCUGGACACGUCCGCGGCACGACACCGCAUGUCCGUCAAGCCCCGCAACCAGAGGGCCAGCACCAAGAAGAGGCUAGCCGAACCUGACACGAAGGUGGACGACACGAACAACCAUCCUGAACCCGUGACAGACGAACACGAUCGGGAGGAUGCGAUGCCGGAAGACGAACGAGGCGGAAGCAAUGCAUCCCGAGGAUCCUUUCCAAAAUACGCCCAGCUGGAAGCGUUCCCGUCGGAGGCCGCGCCGGACCACGCCUUACCUGGCAGACUCUCUCCUGUGUCCUCCCAGGAGCUUCGAUUGAAGCUUCAGAGACGUGCAGUUGUCACGUCGAGCGAAGGACCGCGUCCGUACUUAGAAGCGAAGCGGACGACGGACAGCUCGGAAGAUCCUGGGAUUCAAGUCAAGAGCCUCGAUAAGAGCGACAUCGUCUCAUCCCGUGCAUCAGCGGUGUCCAAGUCCUCGCACGUUUGUCCGCAGGAUGAAGCCGAAGUAGACGGCGAAAGAGGACUAAAAAGACCCGGAUCCGGAUCCUUCCAUUUCUCCAUGACCUCUGUCAAGAGCCGCAUCGAAGACAGACCCCGAUCGGGCAGUUUUGUGGGACAGGCGGGGUCCAGACACAAGGCAGUUGAGGAUAUAAGGUCGAGCCUGAGGCAAAGGGAAGAGCGUAAAGAUCUGCGGCCGGGAGAAAGAGCUUCCGUAGUGGGAAGACUUAUACAAGGCUCGGGUCCUCCGUGGGAAAGGCGGGAUAGUGUAAAACAAGCGGAAUCGGCUAAAAUCGGAGACGACGUUCCAUCGGGGGAAGCGGAGAGCAGCCGGGAGGAGGCGUGGGAGGUCGUUGUGGCGACAAAGGCGGAAGUCAGGGAUGAAGAAAGAAAGACGAUGUUUGGUUUUAAACUGCGCUCCACCUCCGACUCUAUGAGAUUUUGGUCGGACGGAUCUUCCAGGCGUCAGUCGAGGAAGCAGUUGAGCGAGGACCCAAGUGAGGGACUGAAAAGACAAAAAAGUAGGGAUAAUGACAGCUUGUCCAAAAAUGCCAGCGCAGGAAAUUUCCCUCUGACAGAUCUAGCCCCUCCGUGCAAGCCUCCGCCGACCUGCGAUGCUCCCACCUUACCGACGGACGUCCAAAUAACCUCCUCGAAUCAGUCGCUGGAGCCUCGGUCGACCCCGCGAACGGCUUCAUCUGAGGUAUCCUGGGUAAGUCUGGCCAUGGAAAAGACCAGAAGCCUCCACCAGCUUUUUGCAAGAAGAUUUCCUAAGGACCUUACGAGUAGCCCUCCACAAUCACCAGCGCAGACGCCCAAUUCUGGUGAGACUUUAAAUGGGAAAUCUCAGACUACGAGACUACAAGAAUGUGAAAAAACAGUACACGAUAGCAGCAAAUGGGAAACGGAGCACAGCGAAUCAUCUCAGAAGACAACCGUCGACGCCUGGGAAGAACCGGAAGCGCGACAAUCACACAUAAGAACAAGUCAGCCGGCCGUGCAAAUAAAUGUCUGGGCGACCCAAUCUCCAUCACGCGCUGCUCCCCUGUCGGAGAGUCCAUCUCACUUUGGAGCGGGGACCGCUGUCCUCACUCAAUCUCCGGCGCAGUCUUACCAGACCUCGGGCCGGCAUCCGACGCCUUGGGGCCACCCAGGUCUCCAACCUGUAACACACCAGCCCAAAUCUACAACACCUCCAGUGGACGUCGAGAGAAGGACCGUGCAGGAAAAGGAGAGCCCCUCACUGCUGGGCAAGCGCAGCGUUCGGCCUGGAUCAGUCAGCGAGAAGGCUGCGUUUUUGGAGAGACAGGCAGAGUGGUGUACUCCCCCGGCGACGAAGGGGGUGGAGUUGAGGAAAGCGCAACUGGAAAGCAAGCCAUCGAGUGAGCUCCUCGCACACAGAAGAGACACAAAACCCGAAGGAAGAGAAGGCUUCCAACUCGCGGAGUCCCAGAGCCCCGCCGCCAGAGUUGCCGACAGACCUCGCGAGGAGAAGUGGAUGCGGAAAAACCUGGGGUCCUCUCAGUCGCCUUCCUCGUCACCCAUCCUGAGGUCCACGCCUGACAGCUCUCAGCCUUCCUGGAUGGAGCUGGCCAAGAGGAAGUCCAUGGCGUGGAGUGACAAGACCAUGGACUGAGGACCCAAACAAAACAUAAAAGACAUAUUGAGAUUAUUUUCCCACACAAUUUAAAAUACAUUGUUUUUGUCCAAAUACCCUAAGGAUCAAGAAUCAUAGCACAUCCUUUCAGUUUUUUCCCAUCCUGAAUUUGAAAAUUAGCUGGAUUUCAGGGGGAGGUCUCGUCUCGUGCAAAUGACCCACUGCUCACCCCGACUCCUCUACUGCAGGGUGUGCCAAGGUGAGAGUGGUUUUCGUUGCAAUGACGACUGGGGGCAAAGCUAGAGGUGGCUACUUUGCGCUCCAAAAAAAAAAAAAACGGAGUGCCAACUGCAAAAAAAGCAUGGAUUGUAUUUUCACACGUGGUGGCAGCGCUUCUUCCCCAAGUCGCCGAAUGACACUUUAGCGUGCGGCGGCGUGUAUGUGGCGCAUGCGGCGGGCACAUCUGUGUUGUCCGUCCAUGUUCGUCCAAGCCAGCUGGUCAUGUUAUGAGAGGAGAAACUCAGCGUAAUGUAGAUUUUCCAAAUUUUGAUGUCACAAUCUGGCAAAAUACAGCACAGCUGCAACUUACAAAAAGCUCAAAAUCAUCUAUCCAUCCAUCCACCCAUUUUCUAUACUGCUUAUCAUCACAAGGGUCGCGGGGCUCAAGAUCAUUUAACCCACAAAUGAUAUCAUAUUUCAAAAUAAAUCGUAGUGUGGAAACUGAAAUCAGAAAGCAGUUCCUCGCCCUUGCUUUGGGCCAACUGCACUUUAGCGGGCUACGGGGUUGCACCAGUGCACUCCAUUUGUAAUUCUAUCCAAAGGUUUGUGUAUUGAACUGUAAUAUACUGUCAAGUUUUCGCCAUGACAACUUCAAAAUGAAUAAUCUUUCUGGAUGCGAUUUUACUGCUACUUAUUGGGUGGAUGACGAAUAAAAAGAUUUUCUAAUAUUAAUGUUCAUUGUCGCUGGAUUGCGUGUGGGGAUGAGGCGUUAAAACCAUAGCGAUAUCCAUCUAUCAAAUGCUUUUCUAUAUAACUUGUCCUCAUUUGGGUCUCAGUGAGCUGGAGCCUGUUUCAGCUGACUUCAUGCGGGGGGGGGGGGGGGGCGUGGUACACCCUGGACUGGUCGCCAGCCAAUCGGAGGGCACAGACAGACAAACAACCACCAUUCACACACACAAUCCCACCUUUGGACAAUUUAGAGUCUUCAAUGAACUCGCAUGUUUUUGGAAUAUGAAGGAAGCCAGAGAAAACUGUUGCAGCUGUUUGGAGGUAUUGUUUCGACAAAAGUAGCGAUUUGCUGCCACCUUGUGGGAUGUCGGUGCCGAGGAACUACAAUAUGUUGAAGUGAGUUGGGGAGCUUCACUUAGUGCUUUGUGCAAAGUGCAUCUUGUGGCAUCUAUAAGUAAUGCUAAAGAUUUUUAGGGGAGGUGUUAAUUUGCAGAACCUAACCUAAUGCUAAACAAAUAAAAAUAAAAGUGCACAAGGAAUGUCUUGAAAUGUAUUCAUCUGUAUUGAGGCACACAAAAAUUUUCAGCAAAACUCUUUAGGUCCCUAAACAACAAAUCCAAAACAUUUAAUUUGCUUUUUUAAAAUCCUCGUUCAUCUUCCGUUCUUCCACCUCCUCUGAAUUUAAAAAAUAAAUCAAUUAAUAGCAACAUUUAUGGUGAUAUUGACCAAUCGGCGUCCGCUUUUCCAACGUUGUCCAACUUCCUGUAGUCUCGCCACGCUGCUCUAUUUGCAUAUCUGCUGUUGACCAAUACUGGCCACUCAUGCCAGAGUAGCAUCUGCCCCACUUGCACACUGAUUGAGGAGUAUCUGCAACAUUUGCACAAUCGACAUUGUCCCAGAUUAUCGCACUGAUCGUCACUUUAAACCGCAUACACUCCUUGAGGUCUCGGCGCCCUUUGCACAAUGGUCAUUGCACCGGACUAUUGCAAUAUUAGUCAUUCAAACUGCUCUAAGUACUAGAGGACUCUGCAUCUUUUUGCACAAUUGUCAAAAAAAAAAAAAAAAUUUGUACCGGCAUGACCAGAUAACUAGCAACCCUUUACUGCUCAGUGAC